CUAUAUUCAUCACCUGCCACUUUCACCUGCGACCGUCAAUCAAGAUAAAUAUUCGUCGACUUCCUUCCUGACACGACGUUGCCAUCGGAUUGGUCCUCACUUGGUGAGGGGCGUCACCCAACAGGACUAUGUUGAAAUCCUAUUGGCAGACUUCUCCUCUGCUCUGACGCAGCAAGGAAUUCCCAAAGUUAACAAGUUCACGAGAAGAACAUAUAGUCCGUAGAAACCGAGACUGGACAAAAUACGGGACAUUUGGUUAAGAACAAACGUAUGCAGAAUCAGUCUUGAUCUGUCCCCUGCUGUGGGUUUCUGAGCCUGAAGAGGGCGAUGUCGGACAACAGCAACAGCACAGGCAGCAGCGGCUCCUCAACAAACAGUUGGACUCUCCUCUCCCCUGAGGAAGGUGAAAUGGAGAAUCUUGGCCCAGUAGAUGAUGGUACAGAAAGCUUGGGAGAUGUCCCUAGUCUGUCCGAAGAAGUGGCAGGGUCCACUGGUGGGAUCAAGCCUGAUCAGAUUCUGGUUGAAACUGUCUUAUCAGAGGAAGGCCUGCAGGUGUGUCAGGAGACGUCACCGGAGGACUACGAGGGUCUGAUUGCUGCGGGCUCAGCCGGCUUCAUCCCGAUCCCACCCCACUUCACGCCACUUCCGGCCCUGGACCCGGACAGCCAGCCUCCCGUCAUCCACGACAUUAUGACCAGCUCCCCUAGCGACCACAUUGAGCACCUGGGCUCCCCCUUCGUCACCAACAUCGCCUCCGGGGUGCCUCUCGCCAUCCACGUCGCAGAGCCGCCGCCCGGGGAGCUGGGGUACGAAUCCGAGCCCGAGGCAGAGGUCGAGGCCGAGCCGGAGUCGGACCCGUCUCCUCCUAUCCCGGCACUAGACAAACCCACCGACCUGGAGCCGGUGCCCAGGAGCUCUGUCACGGAGGCUCCCGUCGUCAUGGAAGAUCUUGUUGUCAAGGAGGCUCCGGUCGCCAUGGAGGCUUCGGUGGUGAUGGCGACUCCGUUCGCCACGGAGGAUCCAGUGCCCGUGGAUGAUCCAACACCUGUUGCGGUGCCCCAGGAUAUCGUCUCCCCUGAGACCCUGACACCAAGCGACCUCCUCCCCCAGGCUGCCGACGAGGGCGGGCCCUCUGCAGGACGUCCCAUGGAAGCUCCAGCAGAGAGCCCCGUCCCAGAGACGGUAGGCCCCGCAGAUGCAGCUGUACCAGCACCAAGCGUGGAGGUGGAGGGGGUCGACGAAGAGACAGAGUUGCUUCCCGAAAACGAAUUCCUGGAUGAGGCAGGAGAAGCUCCAGGGUCCGAGGGGCCGUCCAGCGGCUUCGACCGCGCCAGAGGGGACACCAGCAGCGAGGACGAGGGCGGGCUGAGGAGGAGGCACGUCCCCUCCUUCGAGACACGCAGACGGCGGACAUCGGACGAGGAUGAGGAAGACGAGGAGGUGGAGUUCAGAAUGCCAGAUAAGACAGAGGAAAAGCGUGGCUUCUCCAUGAACAAGUGCAUUGUGGGAGCUCUGGUCCUGCUCUGCCUAGGGUCUCUGUUUCUCUCGGAUGACACUGACUCUGCCGAGAUGAACGUGGGUGAACAAACAGAGAUCUUGCCCAGUGAUGAUUCACAGGGUAUGAAAGAGAUGUUGGAUAAAUUAGCUCAAGAAAACCAAAAGAUCUCACAGCUAGAAGCGACGCUACAGGCCCAGAAAGAAGAAUUAGAUUCGGCGUUGGCGGCAGCAGCAAUGAAAGGAGAUGAGAAGGGCACAGACGAUUUGGAAAUUGACAACGCACGCAUGAAGGAUGAGUUGUCGUCACUCCCUGUACUGAAGGAAGAGCUGAAUAUGCUGAGGGCAAGAGUGGCCGAGCUCAGUCAACUCACAGCGAUUCAGGAAACGGCAACAACAACCGAUACUCCCCCCGGUGGCCGACCCGUUGCGAGCCACCUCGAGGCAGCGGAGGCCCAGCAGGGGUCCGAUCCCAAGCAGGGAGCUGGGCUCAAGGACCAGCUCCAACGGCAGAGAGCGCUCCUGGAGGAGAGCAAGAAAAGACUGUCGGUGAUGAACACGGAGAGAGGGAACCGGAAGGGCGUCCGGGACGACGUGGAGAAGAUCCAGAAGAGACUGUCGGAGCACGUGGAGAGGCUGGCGGGGAAGAAGCCCUGGGAGAGCCGCAGAGAGGGAGUCCGCCACUACCACGGGGAGAAGGAGGACCAGAGGGAGCGCCGCGACGGGAAGAGGGACCACAAGCACGGCCGCGACGGCGGCGACGUCCGCGACCAGGACGAAGAGGAGGAGGAGAAGGAGGCGAGGAAGGAAGGAAGGGAGCGGAAGCAGCACAAGCACAACUCCCACAAAGAGGCCUGGAGGAAACACCAGGGCGAGUGGGACGGGAAGAAGGCGGAGCGCAGGACGGACCGGGAGGAGAGGAGGAAGCAGGAGCCGGGGCCGGGCCCGGCGUCCGAGGGCGGCGACCAGAGCGCCGGCCACAGCUGCAGCCAGGGCAACAAGCACCAACACCACCACCACCAUCAUCCGCCCGGCCCCGCACGUCAGCGGCGGCAGUACGACCACGAGGGCUUCUGGCGGCACCAGGGCGAGAAGCUCCGCAGGAAGGCCCGCCCGCUGUCGGGCUGCGGCGGCGUGGAGAGCUGCGCCGCCGCGGAGGCCCUCUACCCCGUGGAGCUGCCCGAGUUCGAGGAGCUCCUGGAGGGCUACCUGAGCAAGCUGGAGGGCUGCCCGGCCGAGAGCCGCGAGGCCCUGCGGAGGCUGACCGCCGAGUUCUUCCAGGGGGGCGUGUUCGUACACGACCGGGUCCCGUUCGGGGAGUUCGCCGAGGAGGUGGCCGACAUUCUGGAGGACAUGGCGGACCUGUUGGAAGGCGGCGAUGACGACGACGACGACGCCCUGGAAGAGGAGAUGGAGGAGUUUGAGCGCGAGGCGCUGUGGAAGUUCUCCGCCACCGCCUAGUGCGCGACGGAGGGAGAUUUAGAAAGUUGUCGCACACUACCAGACACUACCAGGGGUCACGAUACAGGGGAUCGUUUCCCAGAGCAAGGAAGUGGGUUUGUUAGUAUUGAAUGGCUUCUUGGUCAAAAGACGGCGGUCCUCUUGUAAACAUGCCCUUCCAAAUCUUUUCCCUAAUAAGCUAGAACCGUAGUCAUAUUUUGGGUGCAGAUGUUGUAACCUACCUCUGUUAGCUCCUUUGCUCCGAUCGCAAUCCUACCGUUUGAAUUUUGGUGUGUGGAUUUGCGUGUCCUUUUUAUUUCAGAACAUACUGCAUGUUGGAGUUCAAAUAAAACUCGAUGUCAAGCUCUCAAAGAGAAUUAACUGGCAGAUUAUGUUGGCUUAAAAAAGGCAGUUCAAAUGGUUUAUUUGCCAAAAUAAUUUGUUUAUUCCCUUUGGAAUAAUAAUUGCUAGUUUACAUUCAGACAUCAAUUGCUGUCUUGGGUAAGACGUCAAUGAAACUUACACAUUUACUUAUUGUGUUCGGUUGAACCAACCUGGGUUUGAGUGAUGUAGAAUAAGUGUCAAUGUCAGAGGGGUUAAUUUAUGCAACCUCCCCUAGCCCUCCAGUGUCACUCUGUUAACCCAAACUGGUUAAACACAAAUGCUAAAUAGUGUAUGCAAGUUUUUUUUGUAAGGAAGGCGUAACUGCCAAAGAGAUGUGAUCCCAGAUCCAUACAGGGCGAUUAUACCAAGAACCGGUCCAACCAGUUGCGUCAGCAGUUUGUUUUAGAAGGCAAACACAGAGUUUGUUGAAAAGCCCUUGGCAAUUGCUCUUGUUUCACUCCCAAGACCAGAAAGUGUCGGUUGUGAGUAACUUGGAAGUGUCCAGAGUCAAUCUCUCCUUUAGGUGUUCGUUACACGUUAGUGCUGCUAAGUUAUGAGGAAAGUAAUAGAUGAAACAAAUAGCCAAAGUUGAAAUGUUCACAGCUAAAACACUGAGGCACUUUCAACACCCUUUACUUGAUUAAAAAAAAAAGAUUUCGAGAACACGUUCUGGCGAGUAUUUUCUAGAUGGAGCCAUGAAACUGCUCACAGGGGAUAAGUCAGUUGGAUCUUGAAAGGUGUAGGCUUCGUUUCUCCCUUGGAAGCCAUGCCAUUUUUUUUUUUUUCACCUUUUUGGUAGAUGUAAAACUUUAAUACAGAAAGCACAAUAUCCCUUGAUGAAUGCUGUGUCCCCGCUUAAAGCGUUCACUCUUGGCACAAUAAAACCCAAACGUUUCCCCCCUUUAGGUGGAUGUGAAGUUUAAAGCGACAAGGUACUGAUUGUGGGUUCAUAGGUUUCAGUUAAGAGUAUGGUCAGAUAUUGUAAUAAUACAUUUCUUUGGGCACUGCACUACAACCUUUGUUUUAGGGUCUUAUUAAAAGUGUUAACAUUUCAAUGUCGAUUUAGUAUUUGCUUUAAAAUAGUGUAAGUGGCUGACUAUGUGCCUUUGUUAGCAUAGUAAAUGUUUAGAUUGACAACAUGAUAUGAUUUACAUAGGAUAUUGAUUUGCUUCAGCAGGCGUUUAGUGCAAUUUUAAUUGUAAUUUGUUUCCUAAGGGCACGAGUUGAAUGUAAAGAACGUUCCCAAGUGUUUGCUUGUUUUGGUUUACGUUUGGCUUCUCUGUGAAUAUACCGAGAAAAAGUUAAGCUCUAAAUAAUGCCCCCCUGCAAUUUCCUAAAAAAGUUUUUGAUAUAUAUCGUGAUGGCAUAACAUGAAUGCUCUGACUACAUCUGUAGUCGUUUAUGAUAUUUUCACCGAUGGGCUCAAGAUACGCAAUAGAUGUAUCAAUACAUACAUGUUCCUGAUUUUCCCUGUGUUACUGACAUUGCCCUAUCGUAUCUGCCCAGUGUUGAGUUAAUAAAGGUUUUCACCAUUAACGUUGUCAACAUUUCAUUGGAUUUGUUUUAUACCCACACAACUCAGAGGCUGGGCAUCAUGAAGCAAUUUAUUGGUUCCUCAUUUCCUAAUUACUAUUUCUUAGAAUCCUUGAUGAAUGCAUCUCCCAAUACGGCACAGGAACCUUUUAUGAGAAAAGCAGAUGGUGCAUUAUUAGGACAAAUAAAGAGCCCAAUUUAAAGUAAUGGAAAAUGCUCCCUAAUAACCAAGCCUAUCUAUUGUGAAUGACUCCACAUUAUAGUUGACUCACAGUCUGGCAGAAAAAUGUUGCAACGACUUGCGGAUUAAUAAAGGCAAAGGAGAUGUGAUGAAAUAGUCUGAGUAAAAGAUGACACACACACAAUCCAC